AUGCAUGUUGAGAUGUUUGUAGUGCAUGAGGUUGACGAUGCUGAAGGUUUUCCUGAAGUUGGAUAUGCUGAUGGUCAACAAGGUGAACAGGUGCAAUCCGAUAAUGUGCAACAAGUUAGUGAAAGAGAUAAUUUGUACCCAAAUGUGGCUGUUGAAAAUGCACGGAAUGAAUCGAAUAGUGAUGAUGACAGUGAUGAUGAGGAGUUUCUUCCGUUUUAUCUUGAGGUUGACAGUGUAGAUGGCAUUCAUUUUAUAAAUAAUGAAGAGGAAUAUGAUGAUGAGAAUGGGUUUGAGAAACUAAUAGGUGUUAAGGAUGGUUCUUGGGUUGAUAAAGGCAAAGAGAUUGUGAAUGGUGAUUUCAAUGAUGAGGAAGGCUUCAAUAGUGAUGAAUUGGAUUUAGAGUAUGAAGUUGGUGGUGGUUCAGAUAAAGAAGAUAGACAAGAAAAAGAUGACUAUAAAAGGAGGAGGUAUCCAAUUUAUAAGGAUGUUAAAGAUAUGAGGAGUUAUAAGUGGGAGGUGGGAACUGUAUUUGCUUCAAGAGAGGAAUUUAAAGACACUGUAACAGUCUACACAGUACAAACAAGAGGGCUGUUUGUCAACGAGAUUGUCUUUUUUGGUUAUAUACAGCAAAAAUGGGUAAGGAAACAACUUGGCAGCUUAAGUCUAUCAACCUUAAGCAUACUUGUGGCCAGGCACAUAGGGUUGGGAUAAUGCAUACUUCGUGGCUGAGCAGAGCUUUUAAGAAGAAGGUGGAGCAUAACCCAAAAGUAAAGAUAAAGGAAUUGGUGAACAAGGCACAAAGGAAGUGGAAUCUGACUGUGACAAUGUCAAUGAUAUCUAGGUCAAGACAAGUUGCAUUAGAUGAAAUACAAGAAACUUACUAGACUCAAUAUAAGAAGAUAGCUGAUUACUGCUCAGAGUUACUAUAGGCUAAUUCAGGAUCAACAGUGAAGCUCAAGAUAAAGAGAUCUCUUGAUUUUGAGAUUAAAGUUUAACGCUCUUCAUCGAAUAACUUCUACAUUUUUCAAAGAAUAUAUGUAUAUUUAGAUGCUUGUAAAAAAAGCUUUGUGCACUGUAAAAGAUUUAUUCGAUUAGAUGGCUAUUUUCUCAAGAGACUUCAAGGGGGCAACUGUUGACUGCGAUAUAGUGGGACCCUAAUGAUCAAAUGCUUCUUAUUGCAUAUACCGCUGUUGAGACAGAGACCAAAGACACAUGGAAAUAGUUUCUCUAGCUGCUAAUUGAUGAUUUUGGCUCUGAGACAAUUAGAAAAUCAACCUUCAUAUCUAAUCAGUAGAAGGAUUACUACCUGCUUUUGACGAAGUUAUCCCAGGUGUGGACCACAGGUUUUGUGUAAGACAUCUGUACAACAAAUUCAAGAAGAAAUUUUCUGGCCUUCACUUGAAGCAAUUGAUGUGGAGGUGUGCAAAGGCUACACACUGGAAUGAAUGGGAGA